CCGAAUUCAACGGAGGGCGGCGAAGACGAGCAUCAUGCAACGCACAGGCGCUGUCCCUUCUCAAUGAGUGACCCCGCCGCGUCAGCAAUCUGGCUCCUCCUGCUCCGGCUGGUCCUUCCAGCGCCUCCCACAGAGGUGGCAGCAUCACAUUGCCUUUUGCCCAGCCCGCGGAAUGUCCAUUUUAUCUCCAGAAACAUGAAGAACAUCCUGCAUUGGUUGCCGCCAGAAGGAAUAGCGGAGAAAAAUUUAAUUUAUAAAGUGAAGUAUUUGGUAUAUGGCACAGAUAAAUGGAUUAAGUAUCCAGAAUGUAAGAAUAUCACUCAAACCUGGUGUGACCUCUCAUAUGGAACAUACAACCACAAAGAGCAAUAUCAUGCCAGAGUGAAAGUCUCUCUAAAUAGAAAUUGUUCUCCCUGGGUAGAAUCAUCAAGAUUCAAUCCAUUUACAGACACAACCAUCGACCCACCUACAUUUGCCCUCUCUUCUACUGAGAAUUCCAUUUCAGUCACUGUGGUUCCCCCCGAGAAAUGGAAGAGAAAUCCCACGGAGGAACCUGUAUAUUUGCAUGAAAUAUAUCCAGGCCUACAAUAUAAUGUGUCAGUAUUCAACAAAAAUAUAAAUAAAAGGUGGAUGUUUUGCAUUCAAAACAACAGACUGGAGGUGCACCAGUUACAGUCCAAUACAGUAUACUGUGUCACAGUACAAGUGUAUAUUACUCCACUUCUGUUUAGUGAAUUAUCUGAAGAUCACUGCAUUGCUACUCUGAAAGAUUCUGUUUUCAGACAAACUGCAACAGUCAUAUUUGGAUAUACUUUACCAGGCCUGUUAAUAAUCCUGAUUAUUUUGGUGUCAAGCUGUUGUCUAUACAGAUACACUCAUCUCGUGAAGCAAACGUAUCCUAAGAACUUGAUUUUGAAAUACAGUAAAAGCUGUGGAAGAGAUAAUUGUGUUCCUUCUGAAAAAAUAGUGGUUAACUUCAUUACAGUGAACGUUGUAGAAGAACAUAAAUCUUUUCUGGAGAACUGUCAUUUAACUGGCAAUGGCUACAUCAAUGCUGAGACUGGUGAGGAAACCUGUGUAGAAGCUUCAAAAAAAGGUCUGGGAAACAAUAAUUUCAUAGGAAAGGACAUUAUACUCAAAGAUGAGCGAAAGAGAAACAAGCCAAAACUGGCAGAGUUCAAAUCUCCCCAGACUUCAAGACAGAUGCACAAUGAUGAGGUUGUAGUAUAUGAAUUUGAUGUGAGGGCUGAACAGGGGGCUCCAGUUCAGGAGAAGCAACAAAUGUUUAGCUUAAAGGAUGGUAUUUGUGAGCCAAAGUGUGCACUGCACAAUUCACAAGCAUCAAUGUCAAAGUUGCCCCUCUGUGGAACAGAGCAGGACUACUGCCCCCAGUUUGACACACAAGAUCCAGAUACUUCCUUUGGGCAGCAAUCAAGAAAAGUCCUUUUGAAUGAAAGGAAGUCUGCUUCAGUACAAUUAUAUGAUGUUGAAGUCCCUCUGAUAAACUUGAUGACUGAUGAAUCCAACCAGGCCUUUUGUUCUGAGUGUGAUGUUAUAGCAGACAUUUGUUUGGCACCUGAUCUGCAAGACCCCUUUUUGGAUGAAAAAGAAGCUCCACUCAAAGAGUCACACACUUUAGUAUCUCUAAUAACUCAAAAGACAACAUCAAAGCAUCACCAGAUUGGAACAAGGGCCAGUGAAGACCAGGAAACAGAGAUGGAAGAAGAGCAGAACAAAAUAGUUGAUUGGAAUCCCUGGACUGGGAGAAUUUAUUUGUCAUCUUUAUCUGAUGUAACAAAAGAAGAUAAAAUUGACCAAAAAAAGUAUGAGGAAUCCCUGGAAGAAGCAUUUCUAUUCAGGCUUUAUGAGAGCCACUGUUCUGAAGACUUAUUAGGAAGAUAUGAGAAUAUGUAUCUCCUCCAACUCAAAGAACACUGGGGACUACAUAUAGAAAUGCAAACUUAAUAAUCUGUCUUUCAUUUCAUACUUUACUAAUCCAGUCAUAUGACUGUCGACAAAGUCAUGGGUCCAAUCCACAGUCAUCUCUAACCAAGGAUCCUCUUCCAGUCAGCAGAGUCUUGCCUUAUGCAAUUACCUGAUUAUCAGGUUGGCUCAAACCACAAGAGCCUGUUCUAGAGUUUAGCAGAUAAGGAAUAUUGCAUACUAGCUGAAUUUUGAUGAUCAGUAAAAAUUCUUUGGCUAUCUUCAUAUCAUUAGACUUUAGCAAUUCAACACAUCUAUGUAGAAAGUAAUUUAAUUUUUUUUAAGAAGAAAGACUUGAGCUUUAUUGGUUUGUUUUAAUUUGGGACACUGCCCAUACGGAGCAAAGAAUGGCUUGAUUUGAAUGGUAUGACAACAUGAACUGGCUAUUGUAAAUUUAAAAAAUCAAACAAACCAGAAUAUUAGAGAGGACAAUUCAGUGUAGGGAACUAAUAGCACCAGGGAUUAAUGUAUAUUGUUACUGGUCAUUAAGCUGUCCAUGGGUCAUAGUUAUGCUGGCCAUAUGAUCUCACUAUCUGCUGUGCCAUGCUUCUGA